AUGCAAUCAUACACUGAAGAUUCCAUUGGGUUCCGACUACAGAAGGUUCAGAUUCUCUUGGAAGAACUCAAUUCUGCCUUUUAUUUGUGCUCAAUUAUUAGACAGAGCUAUGACACCCGUGAAUUUCGCCGGACACUAUACUCCAGCCCAGAGCUACUACAUGAACAGCCAUACUUCCGCAUGGACAUAACCCAAAAAAGGUACUCUAAUUCAGCUUUGAAUGGUGUUCUUAAUGAGGAAAUUUCCCUGAUAAAAAAGAAAACGAUAAAAAAGGGAAAAACCCAAUCUCGAGAAACCACUUAUAAAAAAGACUUUUUGACUUUUUUACUGGACAAACAGCCACCACCAACACUUGGGUUUUCUCUAGUCAUGAUGACCUUGAUGACUCAUAAUACAGGAAUCAAUCAUUUAGAGCUCGCUAAAUCAGAUGCUCCAGAAUCACAGAUCUUUGCUAAACUCAUGGCGGCUACCAAAUCAGAUCCUCCAAGGGAAGUACUGGAACAACGAGAAAAGGAGUUAAUUGCAUUUUACAAAAAGCAUACAAUGAAGAUUCUUUUGCGACAUAUUUCACGCUGGUACAAGGAUAAAAAACUCGUUUUCCCAGGUGACAUCAAGUUGCAUUCUGAUCGUGUAGAACGCGAAUCACAGGAAGCACUGAUUGUUGUCAAAAGCCUUAUUUUCCCUGAAUAUAAUAGAUUUGCAAAUCUUGCAGUUAAACAAAUCAUGGGCCAUGACCGUCCCAAAAACCAUCUUCCAUACGACACUCGGCUACGCACUCUCAAUGCAGUACUAGCCAACUUUUGUAUAUCACUACCUGCACGUCUUUUUGAGAUGCUUUCACGAUACUUUGAGACCAGAACUAUGCAUAGUCUUCAAUCAUUUACAGAUGAUUAUGGCCAGCUAUUACAACAAGCAAUGUUAAAAGAACUUAAUUUAUAUCCAAAGGAUCGUGGUCUUAAAAUUGAUACAAAAAUAUCAUUAGAAUCUUCAUUACGAAUGGUUGAAAGAGUUACGGCGACCAUGGGUUCUAUUCCACUCACACUUUCUGGUCGAGAACAGUUUUUGCGCUCACGACCUCCUGCAGAAUCUCUUCCUGAGGCCUUCCCAAGUUUAAUAGCUUCUCUUAAUGACCGUAAGCAGGUUUGUUUUUCUUCCUUUUUCCGGUUUUCCACUGAUGCAAUUCAGGAUAUGGCCCCUGAUGAGAAUGGGGUUCUUCAGAUGCUGAUUCAACAGGGUGCUCAGGUACCUACAUGUAAGCGCAGAAUUACAAAUUGGAAGAUUAAUCGGGAGGUUUUGCUAGACCUUAAAGUGAUGAGUCUACCACGGUUAAUUGAAGAGGCAUAUGGAUUAAAACCAGGAACCAUUUUGGGGACAAGUAUAACAAAUAAAUUUAGACUACGUGUGGAUGAGACUUUUGAACCAAGGGCCAAUGAGGAAAAGGGGACUCCACGGUCUUUAUUCCAAGUCAAAGGUAUUGGAGAACUGGAGGCCUUGGUGGGGAUUUUGUUAAGGUACAUGCGGGUUGAGCAGUUUAAUGCUGGGAUGUAA